GAAUCAAAACAAAAUAAUAAUAAAAAAAAUCUCUCUCAUACAAAAUAAAGUCAAUUAUUUAUUUAUAUAAAAAAAAAAACAUAUCAUCAAAGUUUGUAUUUAUUUAUUUAAAACAAAACAACAAUUUGCAAUUGAAAAUAAGCAAUAAUGGCUUCGAAUAACGAAGAAAUCAUACAAUAUCAUAUUUUUCUUAAAAACAUUUGUAAAUCAACAAAUCCACAAGAUUCUACAGAAUCUUUAUUAAAAACAACAACGACAACAUCGUCAAAUACGACCACAGCAGCACCUCAAUUAAGAAAUCGUAUAACUUGUCCGGACGAUGCUGAAGGCGAAGUCAUCUAUUGGAUUCUUAAAUUUUUAGAUGAAAAUAAAUGUCCCACCAAAUUGAUAUCUCCAAUUGUUCGUAAUGUCCUCGUUGAGAUAUUAAAUGAUGCACGAUUCAAGGAAACAAAUGGUCUAAGAGCUUUAGCAACUACAAUUGUUGAAGACUUUUGUGCUAGUUUAUUGAAUAAUGUCGAGUUGAAUAAAAUCAUUGACACAGCGACAUCGGCCGACUUAAAAAAUGAUGACCUCUUGUCCAUUCCAAUUAGAACCACCGGAGCAUCAACGAACGCCCGCCGCAAAAUGGAAGAUCGCACAAUUUGUAUUGAUGAAUUUCAUAAAGUCUAUGAUGUGAUGAACUCUGCAAAAUCAAGUUUCUAUGGUGUAUUUGAUGGGCAUAAUGGUUAUGCAGCUGCACAUUACGUCGCAUCUCAACUGCCGUAUAUAAUUUCAAAAACGUCCAAUGCAACAACAGAUCCUGUAAUUUUACUUCAAAAAUCAUUCCAAAUAACAGACUCAAAUUUCAUAUCAAGAGGAGCCACAAGUUCUGGUACAACAGCUGUGUGUGCUCUUUACCGUCCCGAAGAGAAACGCUUAUUUAUUGCAUAUGCAGGUGAUUCAAAGGCUAUGUUAGCCAAACAAUAUGGAAAAGUAAUGCAACUUGUUAAGUCACAUAGACCAGAUUUAGAAAGAGAAAAAAAUCGGAUACUUUCAAUGCGAGGUUUUAUAUCUUCUGUUUCUGGUGUUUUACGUGUGAAUGGAACCUCUAAUGUAACCCGAUCAUUGGGAGAUGCUAAAUUUAAACCAGUAUUAACGGGUGAUCCGGAUUGUAUUGUAGUGGAUUUAGAUGGAAAAGAAGAGUUUUUAGUACUAGCUACUGAUGGACUAUGGGAUCACGCACAUGAAACAGAAAUUGCGAGAACGGUUUACGAUUGUAUCAAGGAAGAUUGUGAAAAUCUUGAUCUAAUACCGACUCGUUUAAUUAAACAAGCGCAAGACGGACAGUCAACAGACAACAUAUCAGUUGUUGUGAUCUUCUUCAAGCAUCCAUCACAAAUAGCCAAAAACUGCGAUAAUCUUAAAAUAAUGGAAUCUGAAUUCGAUAAUAUCAAGGAAGUCGAAUACUACGACUACUCAAGGAAUUUUUAUCCUACGGAUGAAAAUACAACAAGUAAUAAUUCACAUGCUGUCGAUUCAAAACAGAUGCGAUGGACACCAAAUGAUAAUUUGAACAAUAUUAUCAGCGAUGAAGUAAACCAGACUACCACGACCACAACCACGACAUCAGCUACAACCAACAAUGGACAAUUUGAUGAUAAUCUCCUCAAUUCCAGCGAUAAUAUCGAUUUAAACCAAAAACUCUCGCCCCUUGUGGGUAGUGGGGACGAUAACAGCUUGCAUCAUGCCUCAACACUGGAAAAUAAUGGAGAAGAAUUCCUUGCCACUGGCGGCGGAGGUUAUGACAACAAAAAUGGAAAAUUACUAACGCCAACAACAACAGGAGCCGACGAGUUCGAUGACAACGACGACGACCAACACAACGAGGACGACAACAACCAGCAGCAGCACCAGAAAAUCCUCCUCGAUGAAAAAAAUCAUCAACCCCACCAUCACGAUGUCGAUGGUGAUUACGGUCCAGAGACAUGCGUCGAUGUUACCGAUGACGUAGUCAUGAUGACAGAGAACUCUGCCGACACAAAUAAUCUUUCCGAACAGUCUACAUUGAGUCAUUCAAAGGAUACACUACCAUCUUCAGAUAAUUGUAAUCCAUUCGAUAACAAGAACGCUUUAGACAUGGAAGAAACCAACGAAUUCCAUAUUGAACAUGCUGGUGGUGUCGAUGCACACCAUAUUCAAUUGUUGGAUGACGCGAAUAAAGCUACACCACUUUUGUCACCAGAAGUCGAAGAUUUACCACUGAGUUCCGAUGGUCAGAUGCAUUUCACUAACGAGGGAUACCAGCAGAGUCCAUUGGAUGAGAUGAUCCCUGCUGUGGGAAUUGUCAGCAGUCAGAAACAAUUUGAAGAUGAAUUUAUGCAAAGCAAUGGUCAUUUAUCACCAAUCGAUGGUAAGGACCAUGAAUUGGAGAAAGAAGAAAAGCUACAUGAUGAAGAAUCUCAGGAAGAAAUUGAUGCUUUAGCUAAGUUGGAUAAAUUCGGUGGAGAUCUGGAAGAGGUACAAGACAUGUCUAACCAGAAACCUGAAUUGGUUGAGAAUUUCUUUGGCAACCCCAUCGAACCAGCGGAAUUAGUGCUUCAGGAGAAGGAAAUUCUAUUCAAUAAUAUGAAUAGUGACGAGAAUGACUUCCGAUUGAAGGACGAAGAGGAAGUCUUGGAAAAGCAUGUGGUGGAAUCGGAAGAAUUUGCUGUGAAAGAAUCAUCAGAGGCAUUGGAUCUGAGCCAAAAGGAACAGCUUCAACAUUCUUUGCAUAACCUUGAAGUCGAUAUUCUCGAAGAGAAACCUAUUUUGACAGGACAUUAUCUCGGAGAAUUCGAUGAAUCACCAUUAGACGAGUUGGCACCAGCUCAUAAUGAUGACGAGGAGGAAAAAUUAAAUGAAUUUGCCGAUGAGAAGCAGGAUAAAGAAGAAUUCCCCGAAAAAGAAGAUAAAAUCGAAGAGAAAUUGACAUUUGUGGAACAAAAAUCGACACCAAGUGAAGAAAUCGAAUUGGAAGAAGACAAUUGUAUUCAUUUGGAAGAAGAUGUUCGUCCCAGUGACUAUUUGGCUAUGUUGGAGAGGCAAAAAGAAGAACAACAACAUCAGCAAUUGGGUCAGUUGGAUGAAGGAUUCGAAAAGGAUGUUCAAUUUGAGGAGGAAGAAGAUGAUGUUAUGAUUAAGUCGGAAAAAGAACAUGAGAAUUCCUUAUUUGAGGAUGAUAACAAGGUCAGUGAUGAAAUGAUGGAGAAGGAAAAGUCACUUCCCGAGGAAGAUAAUCACAUUAGCGAUAAUCAAUUGGCAAGCAAUGAAUAUGAGAAGCCUCUAUAUGAAGUUGAAGAAUUUGAAAAGAUUGCUGAACUUCAAAAACAACUCCAACAACCAGAUGAAGCAUCAAUGAUUGCUGCAGAAAUCUUGGAUAAUAAUAAAUUAGAAUCCGAAGUAGUGUCAAUGAUUGAAGAACAAAUUUCAUUAAUUGAAGAUGCAAUUGUUCAGCCAGAGAAGCAGUGCUUUGAGGAACCAGAAAAGGUUUUAGAGAACCUUGAUUUAGAAAACAAUGAACAGUCAUUUGAGGAAGUUGAAAAACAACUCGAAGAACAACAUAUUGAUGACAAACCACUGCCAGAACCAAAUAAUUUGGCUGACUUUGGAGAGGAGUUGGAGAAUAGACAUAUUGAAGGUAUGAAUGAACAGGAACAGCAUGUAUUUGAAGAAGUUGAAAAACAAACCGAAGAAAAUACUGAAAAACAAUUUGAAGAUUUAAAUACUUCAGCUGACUUGGAAGAACUUGAAGAUGAGAUAGCAAAUGGAAAAGUAGGUUUGGAAGAACAGGUAUUUGAUGAAAUGGAAAAACAACUUGAAGAAGAUACUGAGAAAGAGUUGUUAAAUACAUCUUCGAAUAUCGAAGAGCAUGAAAAUAGAGAUAUUCUAGAACCUAUGGAUACACAAUUAGAUAAUGCAACUAAAUUAGAGGAUGAAGAAGUAGAAAAGUUCUUGGCUGAGCAAUCAUUUGAAGAAGAAGUUGAAAAACAACUUGAAGAAAACAAUGAAAAGCAAUCACAGGAUUCAAAUAUUUUACCUGCUACUGACGACUUGAAAGAAACAGAAGAACUAGAAAAUAGACAACAAAUUGUUGAAACUGAAGAAGAAGAUAAAGAAGUUGAUAGUUGUUUGGAAGAUAUUGACAAACAAGUGCAUGUUUUAGCAGAAUUCGUUGAAGAUCUAGAGAAUAAGCAUUUCGAAGAGCUGAAAUUAGAUGAUGCUGCUAAAAUAUUUGGUGAAUGUUCGGAGGAACAAUUACAAAAGUUGGAACAACAAGUUUUAGAUGCAAAUACUAUUCCAGUUGAUCGAGUUGAGAAAAUUGUUGCACAGCCAUUAUUUAAUCAACCAGAAAUUGAUCCUGAAAAUAUGAUGGAAGUUGAAGAGCCUAUUAUCGUUAAGGAGCAAGUUCCAAUAAAGCCUAGCGCAUUGCCGGUCUCUGGACAAGAACCCUCAGCUGUUCAACCAACACACGAGAGUUGCGAUGAAUCUGAAGAUGAUGAAUGGAAAUACACAAAGGAGGGUCAAGGUGAAAAGCAGUUAGGUUUGCAAGGUGAUACUGUUGUUGAAGAAGAAUUACCGCAAGAAUUGCAAGACGCUGGUGUAACAUUCUCAAUUAAUGAACGUAAAGCAUCAGGAAAUAUUUUACAACAACAAAUCUCAAUAAAUACAUCAAAUCUGAUCGAGUCGAUUAAUGAUACAUUUGAAGGUUUAACACAGAAUAUUACAGAAUUGGCUGAUCAAGCUGCUGCUGCAGCUGUUACAGAUAAUAAGGAAGAAACACUCGAACAAGGUAUACAAAAUCUGAAUCUAUCGCAAAGCUCCACCCGCGAAAAGCUAGAUAACAUCGAAGACGACGAAGAAUUAUCAGCCAGCGAAAUGAACUCUCGACUCAAUCCCGAAGCAAAGGAAUUCGUUCCAACAUUCUCACCACCCGCAUCAUCAGCAACAGAAAAUGGCUUUGGUAGUGGCAAUAAUCCAGCAACAGCAAUUCCUCAUCACUUCAAAGACGAACUUAUUUCUCAGUCACCACGCAAGGGUCGUGAAUCGAAUAUGGAAGACAUUAAAAUCCCAGCUGAAAAUGAAUUUGAAGAAGAAAUCGCUCACAAACCUCAUGAACUUACCGGUGACGAAGCUAUAACUGAACCAACCGAAAAUGGUGGCACUGAAUUAUUCCAAGAAAUGAACUGGAAAGAAGCAAUGCAUGGCUCAGAGAAGGAAGAAGGUCCACUAGUUGAUAGUCCUGUAACAGAAGAAAGUCUUGAAGUUGUUGACAAUCAAAUGCAAUAUGCUUCAGCUGCUCCACCAAAUGUCUGUGAAUUAUCUGCUCCUGUUGAUUUAGACAAUGCUGGCAUGAAAGAAUCGAUUUACAUUGAGAAUAACACAUCGAAUGAUGAUUUGAAUUCUGUGCAAAUUCUACCAGUUGAUGAUAUUGAAAUUGAACAAGAUGCCCCUGAAAUGAAAGAUAAUGAUGUCAUUAGCAAGGAAGAAGUUCAAGAGAUUCUUACAUUGGCCAGUGAUGAGAAGAUUGAGACUAGAAUUGAAGAAGAAAUUGAACAAAAGAUGGAAAAUCUAUUGUUAAGUCAUGAUAAGGAAUUCACAAAGGAUAUCAACCAAAUGGAGGCUGACCAGAUUCCAAUUAAUGGUGUUGAAAUGCCUUCUGAGGAACCUGCCGCCAUUCAAAUGGAAGAACAAAUAAUUGCAGUUUCAGAACCUAUUGUUGAACAAAAACCACAAGAACCAUCUGCACCACUAACAGCAGCAGAGGAAUCAGCUCCAUCACCAGUUCCAGUAGCCGAAGAAGCCCUUGAAGGACUUGGUUUGGGUGCAGCUGCUGCAGUUGUUGCUGCAACUGCUGUUGCUACUGUUGCAGCCACCACCGCCGCCACAACUAAAUCGGCAGUUAAAAAAGUCGAAGACGAAAAGAACCAAAAGAAUUUGAAAAAGACUUCAUCAGCCACAAAAUCAAAAGUUCCUGAUACAAAGAAGCCAGCUGUUGGUUCAGCAGCUGCCAAGACUUCAACAGUAUCGUCAGUUAGUGCUGCUGCUAAGCGUACAUUGGCUGAUAAGCCAAAACCAACUGCUGCAGCUUCGUCCUUAGCCGCUAAGAAGACAGUUAGUAGCACAGUUUCGGCUGCUGCUCCUCGUCCACGUGCAGCAGCACCAACUGCUUCGGCCGGUGUCAAGUCAGCAAUAGAAAAGAAAACAACCACAUCUACUACAAGCACAGUUAAGUCACGAAUUGAUGCCAAGGCACCAACAACUUUGGCGACACGUAAGCCGCUAUCUAGCAGUGCUACUAAGACUACAACGAGCAGCAAGCCAGGUGAUGAAACAAAAUCAAGUUCUUCAACAGUCAAGUCAUCCACUAUUGGAAAGUCUACUUUAGGAUCUAAACCAUCAGUUGGAUCUACAAGGACUUCUGCAACAAAUUCGAUAACAAAACCACGACCAGCUACAGCUUCUUCAGCGGCAACCACAAAUGGUAUUGCCACCAAGACAGCUUCAGCUGCGAAACCAACAACUUUGGCGCCCAAGAGUGCUGGUGCUGCUAAACCAUCAACUACAUCGCCGCGUGGCACAUUGACUUCAACACUCCGCAAGACUGAAGCAGUUAAGAGUCCAACUAAGACCACAUCAUCAACGAUCACAUCACGUGUCAGCACUAAUGGUGUCACCAAAUCGACCACAACAACCCGAACAACGACCACAAAGACUACACCAUCAUCAACAGUUCCAACCACAACCCGAACUACAACUUCACGUCUCUCUGUAACCGGGACAACAACUGGAUCAACCACACCAACAUCCAAAACAACAACUAACAAUAUUUUAGCUUCAAGAAAAUCAACACCAUUAAAGAAGACAACCACCAAUAGUUCGACAACUCCGACAGCUCGCAAAAGCAUUGGUUCCAAAUUGAAUUCCUCGGCUACCAAACCAACAACCAAAGACUCUAGUACUCCUAGACCUGUUACGAUUCCAGCUCAACAUCAACAACAAAAUUCCAUUCAAAAAAAUGCUGCUGCUGAAGAAUCAAAGAAUGCUGCUGCAGCUGCAGCUAUUGCUGCAGUUAUUGAAGAGCCUAAAUUAAAUGGUAAUGCAUCACCGGAUGAUGUAUUAUUACCAUCUAUUACAGAAGCAGCUCAGGUAGCGGCUCCUAUUUCACAUCCUCUUAUCGAAAUGGAAACAGUUUAAAUUUGAUAAAAAAAAAAAUUAAUGAAUGUUUGGGAGAGAGAAAAAUUUUAUCCAAGGUGGAAUAUAAAUUUAAAAGAAAUUUUCAUACCAAUUACAUACACAACCAACAACAACAAAAGCAGUCCUUUAUUUUAUAUUAUUAACUGUUAAUUUAUUAAUUUAAAAAAAAAGCUCUGAAUUUGUGUGUGUAAAUGAAUGUGCGUGACACACAAACACACACUUUUUUUUGUCUUUUUUAAUAUACAUAAAACAUUUAUAAUUAUAAAUUAUCCCAUUAAGAUGAAAAUCUCAAAAACAUCAAAAUUAAGCUUGUUUCCAGAGUCAAGAAACUAGCUUACAUCUAUUUAUAAAUUAAAAAAAAAGAAGAAAAUAUUGAAGUUGUAGCGGUAGUCUCUUAAAAAAAAAAAACGAAUGUAGUCCUUCCAAAAAAAAACAAAAAAAUAAAUAAGCACGAAAGGAUACCUACACACACAUACAUAUACAAAAUAUAUAUAUAUUUACGAAUUUAAAUCAUCAAAUGAGAAAACAAAACAAAAAAAGAGAAAUCAAAUGAAUGAACUUAAAUAUCCUUCUUACACCUUUCGUCUUAAGAGAAAAGGAUAACAAAAGAGAGGAAGCAAUUUUAAUUAAUUAUUAUUUUUUUUUAUUAUUAUUAUUUCUAUUUUAUAUCACUAACAACACAAAAAUGUAUUAAAAAAAAAAACAUAAAAAACAGAAUAACUUACUUCAUUUUUACUUCUAUCAUUAAUAUAGUUUUUACAAUUCAUUUAUAUAUUUUUUUCUUUUGUCCGCUGUUGUGUCGUUAUAUUAUUAUUUUUUUUUUUUUUUAGAUUUUUAUUUCAUUUAUUUUUCGUAUUCAAAAAAAAAAAAAUAAAGUUUUGUGUUAUUUAUUAAAAAUUAAUUAUUAUUAAAGGAAAACAAAAAAAGGAUAUCAUAUUAUGUGUUUUUUCUUAGCAUGUGAAGAAGGAAUGGGUUAUGGACUACACCAAUGUCCAUUUUUACAUUACAUAAUAAAAAAAAAACUUAUAUCUUAAAUAAAAAAUUAUAAAAAUAAAAAAUAAAAGUUAUGAACAAAAAAAUAAAAUAAAUCUACUAUAUUAUAUCAAUGUAUUUGUAAUUUACAAAUCUCUAUCCCAGUGCAUGCUUUUUUGACUUAGUUUACAGGAAAAUAUAAAACAAAACAAAAAAAUCAAAAUACAUCCUGAGAAUUAAAAAUUUAAAAAAAAAAUACAAAGUUUAUUAACAAAAGAAAAAAAAACAAUUAAAAAAAAAUGCUAAUAUUUUGUUCCUUUUUUUAUAAACCAUAGUAUUUAAUUUUAAUAAGAAUAAAAAAUCAAUUUCUUUUUUUUUUUUGUGUAAGACUCGUUUUUUUUUUCUGACUUGUUAAUUAAUUAAUUUUUAUUUGUAUUUCUUGUUUAUGUUUAUCAUCAAAAAAUAAAAUAUCUAAUAAAUAAAAUAAAACAACAAAUUGAAAAUUAUAUUCUUUGUCUUGAUUGAUUGGAUUUUUCUCUUGGUAUUUUUUACCUACAUUUUUAAAAGCCAGUUUCUUUGUGCCUCUAUAUUUUAAAAUUUAUUACAAAAACAAAAUUUAUAAAAUUCCCAUGUGUACUUCUUUCCAAAACAAAAAAUAUAUAAAAAAAAAAAUAUGUAAAGUUUAAAAAUCUAUUCAACCUUAUUAUUAUUAUUCUUAAGUAAAACGAAAAAACAAAAUGCCUUUCCCCCCCUAGUGUAUUUAAUAAGUUUGUUUCCAUUGCAGAGAGAAAAAAAUCUUCUUUUUUAUUAAGUGAAGUUAAGGAUAAUAUUGUAUUGUGUGCUUAUGAACAAAAUUCUUUUUGCGGUUAUUUGAUUAUAUAAUUUCUUUCUUAAAAUUAAAAAAAUAUAUAUAAAACUAUAUACAUUUUAAAAUG